CUUGUCUAUUGGCUAUGCUGGAUUCGACAGUUAAUCGAAAUGAUCGAAAUUGAAUUGCGACGCUACGACCAUGGUCACGGGCGUUUUGUGGGGUAUUGGGGUCUUGUGUGUCUCCGAGGUCUCCGAGCGUCUCCGAGCGACCUAUCCGAGCUUCACCGGCCUGCCUGCGAGGUUCAUCUGUGAUGAGCAACGAAGAAUAUAAUGGAUGCAGAAGAUCUGUUUCGAAAGCUUACAUCUGGUGCAAAGUUUAAUUUCAAGAAAUACCCUGCUGAUGCACAAAAGCUUAAGUGUUUGAAGCCCAAAUGUAUUCCUGUCUGCUCUGCCUUAAGUAUAAAAAAGGAACCAAAGGGAGAUGCCUGCAAAGUAAGUGAUGAUAGUGUCAGUUCUGAAGCUCAUGAACUCGAUACAGAUAGUGAACUGACAUUACUUGGCUCAAUGAAGGCAGCUGUCACUGGAAACAAGUUUAAGAAAAAGAAGAACAGCAAGAAGAAAUUGGAUACCCAGGAAUCACUUAAGAAAAAAUGUGCAGCUCAGCAAGAAGAACGGAUUUCCCAGCUAAGAAAGCACCAUCGUAUCUCUGUGACUGGACGAAGUGUUCCACCUCCUAUAGUAGACUUUAAGAGGAUGCAAGAGGAAUUCAAUCUUUCCCCUAAGCUGAUACAGAACUUGCUGAAUUCUGGCUACACAGAUCCAACUCCCAUUCAGAUGCAGGCUAUUCCAAUCAUGCUUCAGGGUCGUCAGGUCUUGUCAUGUGCACCGACAGGUUCAGGCAAGACUGCAGCCUUCCUUAUACCAGUCAUCCACCAUCUAGCAGGACCAAGGAAACUUGGUUUCCGUGCAGUUAUUGUUAGCCCCACAAGAGAACUGGCCAGUCAGACAUUCAGGGAAUGUGUGCGUCUUUCUGAAGGAACUGGCUUAAGAAGUCAUAUUAUUAGCAAGACAAGCCAAGCUGUUAGGAGGUUUGGUCCCCAGUCUUCCAAAAAGUAUGAUAUCCUUGUGACUACUCCUAAUCGUCUGGUUUAUCUGUUGCAGCAGGAUCCACCCACUCUCUCAUUAAAUCAUGUUGAAUGGCUGAUAGUGGAUGAAUCAGACAAGCUGUUUGAGACAGGUCCAAAAGGUUUCCGUGACCAGUUGGCCGUUAUCUACAGAGCAUGUGACUCAAAUAAUGUGAAACGAGCCAUGUUCUCUGCAACUCAUACCAUACAUGUUGCACGGUGGGCUAGAAAAAAUCUCAGAGGAUUAAUUUCUGUGACAGUGGGCCACAGGAAUGCUGCUUCUGAUAAUGUUGAUCAGAAACUGAUAUUUGUGGGCAGUGAACAUGGCAAGAUGGUGGCAUUGCGAGAACUAGUGCAGAAGGGACUUACACCACCAGUACUGAUUUUUGUGCAAACCAAGGAGCGAGCUAAAGAACUAUUUUCUGAGUUAAUUUAUGAUGGUAUCAAUGUUGAUGUUAUCCAUGCAGAUCGAACUCAGCUUCAGCGUGACAAUGUGGUGCGCAGUUUCCGUGGUGGCCAGAUCUGGGUUCUUAUAUGUACAGAACUGAUGGGAAGAGGAAUAGAUUUCAAGGGUGUAAGCCUAGUAAUCAACUAUGAUUUCCCUCCAAGUGCUAUAUCGUACAUUCAUCGUAUUGGUAGGACAGGACGCGCAGGAAGACCAGGCAAAGCUGUCACAUUCUUUACAGAAGAUGAUACUGUAAACUUACGGAGCAUAGCUCAUGUGUUGCAAGAGUCUGGAUGUGAAGUGCCUGAGUACAUGCUGAGAAUGAAGAAGGCAAGCAAAUCAGCUCGUCGCAAACUGGAGAGUCGAGCACCCAAUAGGGAGAGCAUAUCUAGUGUUCCAGGAUAUCAGAUAGAAAAAGUUAGGAAACUGAAGAGAAAAAUCCAGGCAUCAAAACUGAAGAGAGAGCAUUCGCAAAACAUAGACUUGCUGCCUGUGAAGCGGGGAAAAAAGAUUAUUACUGCAUAAGAUAUCAUCACGCAUUCUUCAUCAAUUCUUUAAGCCUGUCUCCAUGGAUGGAGAAACAGGUUACAAAGGACAUCAGUGCUUAGGUGGAAGCCGUUAGCAGUAUUCAUGAAUAAUCAGAUUAAAGUUGUUAUUAAGAUUUAUUAAAAAUGUAACAGUUCUUUUUUUUGCCCCCGCCUCUCUUUCCCCAUACCCUAAAUAAAUUCUGAAUGUCAGUAUUUAUUUAAUUCAUCCAGUAACUGAACCUUCUCAUAUAUAUUAUCACAGGUAUUAGUGACUAUAGGCAGGAUUUGGAUUUGUGAACAGAUUUAUUGAACACUCACAGGUCGUAACUACAAAUAAUUAUAACAGUCUCACUGGUUUACACAUUCUAAAGCUUACUGUGACUACUGCACACAAAAUAAAGUCUUCUGUAUCUUCUUUCACCAGUUCUUGCUGGGUAACAGGUUUCAUCAGUGGCUGUUCCUUUACUUUGUUUUCACUAUCCAUUUCCUGGCAACAGAUUUUAACACAGGAAUUCUAACAGUCACAUUCCAGAUAUUACCGUAAUACAGCACACAUAAAGUCUUUAAAUCACAUGUUAAGUCUUCACAGGCUGACUUCUAAUUCUCCAACAAUUCUCUUAACACUUCUGAACUCCCAAUUCCAAUUCUCUCUGAUCUCCUAGGAACAGACAGACUUGUUACAUAGACUCGGCAUGUCUUUGGUCUAAUAAUUUUGAGCAUCCUUCAUCAAACCAUGGCUUAUG